AUGGCAAUUGAGCAGCACAAGGAAGUUGAGAGUGGAGGAGCCAAUGGGCUUCAGGAUUUGCAAGAGCCCUUCAUUCAACAAAGGAAGGAUGCUCCUGCUGCCUCUAAAGAUGUUGAAUCUAACAAAAGGGUGGAAAAUGGAUCCAUCGGAAUGGUUCUGCUUAGCACAUUUGUUGCUGUUUGUGGUUCUUUUUCAUUUGGAACUUGUGUGGGCUAUUCAGCACCCACUCAAGCAGCUAUUAGGACAGAUCUUAAUCUAACUCUUGCUGAGUUUUCAAUGUUUGGUUCCUUAGUAACCAUUGGUGCAAUGCUUGGGGCUAUAACAAGUGGCCAUAUUACGGAUUUCAUUGGCCGGAAAGGGGCAAUGAGAAUGUCAACAGGAUUUUGCAUAACAGGAUGGUUAGCUGUCUUCUUCUCAAAAGAUCCUUACUCACUUGACUUAGGAAGAUUUUUCACAGGAUAUGGAAUUGGAGUUAUCUCAUUCGUGGUCCCUGUAUACAUAGCUGAAAUAGCACCCAAAAAUCUUCGAGGUGGACUUGCAACAACAAAUCAGCUUAUGAUUGUUAUUGGAGCAUCAGCCUCAUUCUUAAUAGGAAGUGUCCUAAAUUGGAGAGAACUAGCUCUAGCAGGGCUUGUGCCUUGCAUUUCUUUGCUGAUUGGUUUGAGCUUUAUCCCAGAGUCUCCCAGAUGGCUGGCAAAGGUUGGCCUCGAAAAAGAAUUUCAUGUAGCUUUAAGGAGACUUCGAGGAAAAGAUGUUGAUGUUUCUCAAGAAGCUGAUGAAAUUCUUGAUUAUAUUGAAACUCUUCAAAGCCUUCCUAAAACUAAGCUUCUGGAUUUGUUCCAAAGCAAACAUGUGCGCUCUGUAGUUAUUGGGGUUGGGUUAAUGGUUUGUCAACAAUCUGUUGGAAUUAAUGGUAUUGGAUUUUAUACAGCCGAGACUUUUGUGGCAGCUGGACUUUCUUCAGGAAAAAUUGGUACCAUAGCCUAUGCUUGUAUGCAGGUUCCAUUCACUGUAUUGGGAGCUAUUUUGAUGGAUAAGUCCGGAAGAAGACCACUUAUAAUGGCUUCAGCAAGUGGAACAUUUGUAGGCUGCUUUAUUACUGGAAUUGCUUUUUUUCUCAAGGAUCAGAGCUUAUUGCUGGGGUGGGUACCAAUAUUAGCAGUUGCUGGCGUGCUGAUCUACAUAGCAGCAUUUUCAAUUGGAAUGGGACCAGUUCCUUGGGUAAUAAUGUCUGAGAUCUUUCCUAUACAUGUGAAAGGAACCGCUGGAAGCUUGGUGGUUUUGGUGAACUGGUUAGGAGCUUGGGUAGUUUCAUAUACUUUCAACUUUCUAAUGAGCUGGAGUUCUCCUGGUACCUUAUUUUUGUAUGCUGGAUGUUCCCUUUUAACUAUUAUUUUUGUAGCAAAGUUAGUCCCAGAAACCAAAGGAAAAACUCUCGAAGAAAUUCAGGCAUGCAUCAAUUCAUAG